CAAGGCAGGUGAGCAAAAGUAGGAAACAAGUGUAUUUUUAGAUCAGCGGAAACAGGUGUUUUAACAGGUGAGUGAAAGGUACAGUGAGGUAGGCAAAGAAAACUAGAGCACGAGCAGAAUAGCUCCUUGUCUAUUCGGUCUAUGUUAGAUAUAGAUACGAUCUUAUCAAUAGAAUAUCACACAGGCUAGAGUGUAAACUCAGUCAAUCAACUUGACAAUUUAUGUUUUAUGUCACUGAAUUAUUUUAUUUGCGUUGUGUUCAGUGAAACGCGACAAAGGAUUUUAAGACGUAUAGUAGCCUACGUAGCAUAAUCUUUAUUGUUCUUAUUUUUUUCAUUUCUUGACAAUGUCUUGAAAUUGUUUCCUGAGGAUAGCGGUAUAGAUUACUGAACAUAAUGCUUGCUGAUCCAUAUCCCACAAAGAUUGGGAGAGGGAGCUAGCGAACGUCAAAUCUGGAGACAAUUUUAUUCUUUUUGUGAGACGGUUCGGAAAUGGACCCUCUGUGGACGGAGUCAGUCCUGCUGGUUGGAAAUAAACGGUACCGAGUGAUUCUAAAUGGACUUCAUUUCAGUUGGACCCAGCUUGACAAGCAAAACCGGGAUAAAAAAACGGUUUCAGUUCCUGUAUCAGAGUUGAUUGGAGUGGAGGAGGGGAGAGUCGAGAUCCUGCCACAAAAGAAAGUGGAGGAGUCAGAGCAACAUUUCACUGUGUUCUCUGUGAAGCGUGGUCCCCGCGGGGCCGGUUCUGCGGGGCUGUGGGCAGUGGGCCGGACCCUGUUCAGCUGCAGCAGCCGAGACCUGAGGGACCACUGGGUCACACAGCUGAGGGCUGCGCUCAGGGACAGGAGUGCAUCGCGGCCUCAGCGGCUGCUGGUGUUCAUUAACCCGUUUGGAGGGAAGAAGAGGGGAGUGCAGAUCUAUCGCACCCUGGUUUCCCCCCUUCUGGAGCUGGCUGGGAUCAGUGCUCAUGUUGUGGUGACAGAGCGAGCCAACCAGGCCAGAGAUCACAUCCUGAAGAAGGAGUUGACAGGGUUUGAUGGGGUGGUGUGUGUUGGCGGGGAUGGAAUGUUCAGCGAGCUUCUUCACGGUGUGAUUGGACGGACACAGCAGGAGGCGGGCCUAUCGGAACAUGACCCCACCGAGACCCUGCAGCCCUGUAACCUCCACAUCGGCAUCAUUCCAGCAGGCUCAACAAACUGUGUGUGUUUUGCAACUGUGGGUGUGAGCGAUCCUGUUACGUCCACUCUCCAUAUCAUUAUCGGAGACUCCCAGCCAUUGGAUGUGUGUUCUGUCCAUCAUCUCAACACGCUAGUUCGCUACUCCGUCUCCCUCGUGGGUUAUGGUUUCUAUGGUGACGUGUUGGCGGAGAGCGAGAGACAUCGUUGGAUGGGGCCUCUCAGAUAUGAUUACUCAGGCUGUAUGGUGUAUCUCAGUAACAGGAGUUAUUCUGGGGUGAUUCAGUUCCUGCCAGCAGACCCCAAGUUCUCCAGCCCUCGGGACAACACACGCUGCCUCUCUGGGUGUCGGGUGUGUUCUGAGAGUACAGAGAGACUCUUCCCCCAAUCAGAUGCCAGUUCUAAUGCCAGCUUCUACUCCACCUCUCAGUACAGCCAGGACAGCAGCCAAUCAGAUGGUGACUGGGUGAGCGUAGAGGGCAGGUUUCGGUGCGUCUCCCUCACCUGCAUGUCCAGCUCCUGCCCCCGCAGCCCGCUGGGGCUCUCCCCCGCUGCCCACCUGGCAGACGGGACGGGCGACCUCAUCCUGGUGCGGGACACCAGCGCCAUGGGGUUCCUCAAGUACCUGCACCGGCACACCAACACGCAGGACCAGUUUGACCUGCCCUUUGUGGAGGUCCACCGUGUGCGGGCGGUGCGCUUCUCUGUCCCCCCCGGAGAGGAAGAGAGCGAUGAAGAGGAGGACGGCGGGAAAGGGACAGAGGGAGGAGGGGACAGGGCCGAGCAGGAGAGCGAGAGAGACAGGCCGGAGCGCAAGAGCAUCUCCCAGCAGCACCUCGCAGAGAGAGGACUGGAGCGAGGGAUGGGAGACGACAGGAAGAAGAAGGAGAGGGGCCUAUUUUUCGGGCCGUGCUGCAGCAGGGCUCCCUCGGUGUCUGUGUGGAACUGCGAUGGAGAGAUCCUUCCGCACACAGAGAUCCUGUGCAGGGUGCACGGCCAGCUGGUACGUCUGUUUGCCAGGGGCAUCGAGGACGGGGCACGAACCCGCAGCUGCAGAGGAGGGGGCAGGAAGUGCAAGGGGAGGUGUGUUCUGCACACCUGACGGACACUGCGUUCUGCACAUCUGAGGGACACUGCGUUCUGCACACCUGAGGGACACUGCAUUCUGCACACCUGACGGACACAUGCCACCUGUUUUUAAACGGCUGGCCUAAUGGACACCUCGUUGGGUAGAGGUGAAGCAACAGAAUUAGGUCAAAGUGUUACAUUUUAAAAUGAUGUCUUUUAAAUGCUUUCAAUAAAAAUUCUUAACUCUA